AUGGAGGAAGGCAGGAAGACCUCUCACGAUGAGAAUCAGCAGAACCUUCCAUGGCAAAAGGUAGUGCGGGGGAGUGAGGGGGAGGAGGAGGAACCUCAACCACCACCACCACCACCACCACCUCCUCCUCCUCCUCCUCCUCCUCCCCUUCGCUUCCUCGAUCCUCGGAAAAGUAUAUCUCGGAGUGAAAAUGUUCUGACUGAGGAACGACAGUACUUGGUAGAAGAAGAAGAAGAAGAAGAAGAAGAAGAAGAAGAAGAAGAAGAAGAAGAAGAAGAAAAAGGAGAUUAG